UAAUAAAUUAUAAAAUCAUUGUUGUUCUUAAUUCAUAUAACAUUUACUGAAUAUUAGCUGUCACUUUGGAAAAUAUCGUAUAGAGAAAUAUCUUCCUUUGUAAAUUUUGUUAGAGAAUCGAAACGAUGACGAUUCAGACUUUACCUCUUCCAGAGCUAGUAGAGUUGGCUUUAAGCACACCUGAUGCAGGAAUGGUUAAUUUUCAAAUUUUAAAAACUGUCCUACAUAUUUUAAUUAAAGAAGUAGGAUUAGAGAAAUUAUGUGCAAAAGUCAAUCUCGUUGAUAUAAAACCACAAAAGUUUCAAAUGCCUGAACUACCGCGAAGAUCAUCUGAAAUUGUAGAAUCAAUAUCUUUAGAUUUAGCAGAUCGUGCAGAAUCGGAAGUUCUCAAUCAAAUAAAUUCCGUCGAAGCAGCGAGCGAAAUGGCCUCGCAAAACAAUUUUAAAGACACAGUUAAAACCCCUAGAAAUGUAUGUACAUAUUUAACAGCAAAAUAUAAAGAUUCUAGAGAAGAUGCAGAAAGCAAUAGUACUAAGGAUUCAUCGGAUUUAGAAAGCUCCAGUGAAUUAUCGACUUCCAUAAAGGAUAAAAAAUUAGUUGAAAAUGAUAUCAAUGAUUUUUGGAAAGCAAUGUCUUUAAAUAGUAGAGUAACUGCACUCGAAGAUGGACUUGAAAAGAUUGUGGAUAUUAUCGAUGAGAAUGUAAGAGACGUUCAACAUUUCAAGAAAGAUAUAAAAAGAAGAUGCGAAAAAGACAAUGAAUCUAAAGUACUGCUACAAUUAAAUUUUGAUAAGCUUUAUCAGUCACAGAAUGAAAUAGUUGAGAAAGUGCAAUAUUUUGUAAUGAAAGAGAAUUUUGAAGAAUUGCGCGAUGCACAUUUACAAAACACAAAUGAGAUUUAUAAUUUAAUACAGUCAGCUGAUGAAAGAUUCAAUGUGCUUUCUAAAAAACUAGAAGGAGACUAUAAAAUGUCCGAUAUUCUCUUUGAUAUAUCCGAGAUUAGAACUAUUUUAAAGGUUCCACGGAAAAAAGCAAAAUCUUCGACACUUUCACCAUGUAAACUAAAUUCCGAAAUUGCGCCUGAAAUGUCACAUGCAAUGGAAAAUGCUACAGAAUUUGAAGAGUUUAAAACAAGAUUACAAAAUACUGAAGAGAAAAUCGAAAAGCUGGAAGAAUCGAAUCGAGAAAUGCUUAAAAAUCGCGAGGAAGAAAUUAUGUCAUACGAGGAAAAAAUGGCAGCAAAAGAAGAAGUUCUCAAUAAGUUAAUAUCAUUUAUGGCCAACUCAAAGGAGAAAAUAAUUAAUGUAGAAGAACUGUUAACGGCUUAUGAUGAAAGAAUAACAAAAUUAAAAGAAGCUAUUGUCGAAAUUGCGAAAAUCCAGGAUAAUAUGGCUGAAGAGGGUAAAAAGAAUGUCUUUGAUAUUAAAAACAAACUUGAAAAAACAUUUAUGGAGUUAGAAAAGUUUUCUUUAAUAGAGGAAAUCCACACUCAUUUGGAAGAUAUCAAAAUGAAUAAAGCAGAUAGAUUUGAAAUGUUUGAUGGACUAGAUAGAAAAUGUGACAGAACACAAGUUGAGGAUAAACUUGAUAAAUCUAUUUAUGAAUAUCACUAUGAAAAACUUAUAUCUGAUAUUAGCAAUUUGAAAACGAAAUUAGCUGAUCAGGAAGAGGAAGUUGUUAACGCUUUUAAAAAUUUAAGUGAUUUAAUGGAAGAUAAAUUUGAGAGAAAAGAAAUGGAAAUUUUUCAAGUAAAUUUAAAAGAACAGUUACAAUUAUUAGCAUCAAAGUUAAGACAUUUGAAGAGAACAGUUGAAGAAAGGCCACUUGCUGCUGGAAUUAAAAUUCGCUGUGUUUCCUGUGAUUCUCCAGUUCAGCGAAAAACAAAUGUUGUCAUAAGUGAUCCUAAUAACAAUAAAAAGAUUCCACAGUAUUCUGAAAGUAAAAGAUGUGAUGUAUCUAUCAGAGAAAUAGAAAAAUUAAUUCUGCCUGUAAAAGAAGGCUUCAAGAUCAGUUUUGUAUACCAUUGUCUCGGAGAAACUGAAUUAUCAAAAACUGUGUUCUCGGAAGGAGAUGAAUUGUUGGACCGCAUCAUUAUAGGAGAUGAUACUUGGGUGUCUCACAUGACUCCUGAGUCCAAGCAACAGUCAAUGGAAUGGUGA